CCCCGCCUGCCCGUAUAUAAGGCGUGGGGCUGGCGACAGAGAGCGAAAGUAGUUGUAGCAGCCGUAUCUGCGCAGCGGGUCUCUGGACUGGAGCGCCAUGGCAGGUAAGGCUCUUGCCCUGGAACGGGCUCGAGGCGCUUGCUUCCUCCUGCUUCCGCGCCGUCAGCCCCGGGGGGAGGCUGUCGCGGCUGCUCGGGCUUCCUGCCCGGGGGCUUUCCCCGCCCCGUCGCCUCGGGCCAGCUGUUCCCUUCCAGCCCCAGGGUGCCUGACGAGCAGCGCCAGCCUCUUCCGCGUUGUGCGCGCUGCCCGGGCCGGGAGGGCUCCUUCACUAGGAAGCGCAAGCGGCGCUUGGCGGCCCAGUCAGCGCGCGCGCUCGCACAGUCCGGGGAGACCCCAGCUGCUCCCUUUUGGUCAUGGCGGCUCCUAUUUUUAGGCUGGCUCGUGAACGGGGCUGGCGCGUGAGGUAGGGGGGCUCGAAUGCCUGCGGACGCUUUGCCCUCCCUUGUUCUGGACGCCCUCCCCCCUCUCGCCCCCCUGCAGUGGCUGGUGGGCUCUGAAUGGUAAAGGUCACCAUGUGGAAAAUUGAUUCCUCUUAAUCAUCUCUCCACCCCCACCCCCGCUCUAAUUAGCAGGUGAUACUGGCUUCCCUCGUCCGUUUCUUGCUCAUUCCAAGGAGGGGGGGGGAGAGAGAGAACCUCCUUGUUUGUUUGCAUCCCCCCCCCCCCAACAACAACAUACACACAGACUUCCUUUACCACAGAGCGGGCCUGCUGCCUAACAUUACUUUCUCUUGUCCUGCUUACCGUUGAAACCUCUAUUGGUAUCUGUCUCGGGUUGCAACUGAUGCUGUUAACUAGCCAGAAUGAUCUCCAAACGGGUCAGAUGUUUGUCUGGAUCAGGUGCUAGCGAGUUGAAAGCUUCUUCACUUGUGUAACCCGAAAGCUGCUGUGUAACCCGAAAGCUUACUGCAAUUUUAAAACAGAGGGAUCUACUACAGUGGUACCUUGGGUUACAUACGCUUCAGGUUAAGAACUUUGCUUCAGGAUGAGAACAGAAAUCGGGCUCCGGCAGCGCGGCAGCAGCAGGAGGUCCCGUUAGCUAAAGUGGUGCUUCAGGUUAAGAACAGUUUCAGGUUAAGUACGGACCUCCGGAACGAAUUAAGUACUUAACCUGAGGUACCACUGUACUGGAUACUUGUGAAUGCAAUCAAUGGCUCUUAUAACUCCCUGUCCUUAAAACCUGCGUUGCAACUGUUCCUGUAUCUUUCAAUCUGUGGCCUGUUUGUGGGUUUUUUAAGGCCCCCCAAGUUGAUAAUGACUUGGAACACACAGAGCAGCUUAAUUUAUCUGAAUAUUAGAAAAGUUGGCCCCUUGCACAUGGCAGUGGAGCCCAAGCAUGAGUGGAGUAGGAACCUGCAGCUGCAGGUAAAUAUUAGGUCUUCCUACAUGCAAUAACCACCUCCAGACAACUAUAGGUGGAUGCUAACCAGGGUACUUCCAUUGUGGGCCCUUGUGAAAAAGACAGUUCCCACCCCAUUUACUUUAUACCAAUAUCCAAUUACAUACACUCCCUCCGAAUAUAAAAUGUAGCAUGUAUCUUUUCAGAAUGCAUAUAAAUUAUAGGUCCAUUUUAUACAGAAUACUAAUUCCACACGUCUUCUAUGGCAAUCACUGAUGCUAAUCCAAUUCCCACAUGAUUUGGGAUUAUUUUAUUUCCUGGACUCGGCUAGCACUCAACCACAAACCAUCCCUUCUACUCUUCCUGUGGUUGCCUCAGGGAUGGCAGAGCUAAUUCCUCCUCCAGAGGAGAAACACAGUGGAAGACCUUGUGUAGAUAUGUGUGCACGCACUAAAGUUUAGCUGCUGAAGGGUCACAUGUAGGUUCAUUAUGCCAUGGGCUCCUGGUUUUGAGACUUCACAGCCGUGGUUCUUAUAAAACUAUUGCUGCUGCCGCCGCCACUGCUCUGCCCCAGAUGACGUUGAGAGGGAAGAGGAAUCACUUCUGUCACUUCACAUAAAAAUUGUUGUGAUGGAUGGGCAGAUAAUGCAGUUUUAUCUGAAUGUACUGAUUGUAGAGGUUCACACCACUUCGGGGACAGUUCUUAUAAUGGGGAAAGCAACUGAUACUGGUAAGUGUUUGUUAAGACAGGAAUCACUGAUGUGGUUUCCUAUUUCAGCUCUUUGUGCUUUUCAGAGCUUGGAUAGGGUCUACUAAAUCUGACUAAAUCCAGAUUCCCUUGGAAAAGUGAAGUGUGUGUGCAUUUCCUCUGUGUGUCUUGGGACCACAGCAUCCUGUCAAAUGUAAAUCCGCCCAUGGGUUAGGUUGAAAUCCUAACACCUGGGAGUGACUUACUCAGUCUGCAAUGUCCUCUGUCUUGAAAGUGAAUAUGCAGACUUAGCCUGGUUCUUUGUACUUUUGUUUUUCCUUGUCUCCCCAAUGCCUUGCUUUGUGUAACCUAGUAAAGAGAACUUGAACUCAAAAGCUUACUGCAAUUUUGUCAUUGGUGACAUUUUGGUUGGUCUUAAUAAAUGUAUUGCCCGGUUCUUAUGCGCAAAACAAAGCUACCUUUCCUUUUAUAAGCAAAACAUGACCCUAAGUAUGGCCUUUCUGCUUCUACCCAUCUUCCUCAAACUUGUUGCCAUUUGUGGAAAAUUGCUUUCUUUUUUAAGCUCACUACCCUAAUAAGAGUUAUAAUUGUAAGUAGCUUAUAUAUGAUGCCAUGAACCUUGAAUUUCAUGGAGGAGUAUUCUAUUCCAUGUUUUCUUAUAUGUAUGUAUGUAUGUAUGUAUGUAUUGAUGAGCUUAUUAAUAAUAAUAUUUGUACCCCACCCAACUGACUGGGCUGCCCCAGCCACUCUGGGCGGCCUCCAGCAUAUAUAAAAACCUUUAAAAGCUUCUGUAUGCAGGGCUGCCUUUCAACAAUCAGUUGAAACCAUAUCUCUUCAGAUAGGAAGAUGGUGAUUUUAGCAAGUUUUCUUCUUAGAGAAAAUCUUGCUGGGUUGGAAAGGACAGACCUGGCAGCAAAGCUGCUUUAGAUCUGUGUAAUUUGAAGAAGCUAUUGGACAAUGGCUCCUUCAAGUAAUUUAUAAGGAGUCUGACAGGGUUUGGUAGGGAUGCCCAAUUCAGAAAUAAAAGACGACUCUGUCAAGGAUACAGCAUCCUGCUUUCCAUAGUACUGAGCUUGAUGCCUUCUCGAAGCUGAGAAGAGCAUGAAAACAACAACAUUUUUCUUCCAGCAGCUGGAAUUCAGUAGUAUACAGCUGCUGAAUAAGGAUGUCCCUUUUAGUCAUUAAACUGCCAUCCUCUCCUGAAUUUAUCGCACCCCUUGUUAAAGCCAUCUAAGUUAUUGACCAUUACCAUAUGUUAUGGUAGCAAAUCCAUAAAUCAGAGAUGGAGAAGUUGUUGCUCUCCAGGUAUUGUUGGACCACAUCUCCUUCAUCCAUGACCUUCAACCAUGUUAGCUAGGGCUGAUUAGCUUGGAGUCCCAACAACAUCUGGAGGACCACAGGUUCCUCAUCCCUAAGUUAUAUCAGUACUUCCUUUUGCCUCUAUUAAACCUACUGCAGUCUGUGUGGCUAAGUGACCUUGAGUGCCAGUACCUUUGACAGCUACUUUUUCCAUACCAUGCAAUUAUGUAAGUAUCUAGUGGUUCUCCUUGGUCACUUUAAAACAACAACAACAACACACCCUAAGAAUUCCUAAAUCUUUUGCAUUUCAUCAUGGAGUUAUUUCUGACCCACUGUUCAUCUAGAUGGCUUUUUGUAAACCUUCCAGUUCUAAGGUUACCCCCCUUUUUUUUUUAAACUGAGAUGGAGCUAUUGGAAAUGCACUGAAUAAUCCAAAUGUGACUAUGCCGGAGAUGCACAUGCAAAGCAUUACAACAGUUGCAAUUCCUUUUAGGAAAGGGACUGGAAAUAAUCUCUAGCAUGGAAUUUCUUUUUCCACAUUGCUGCACAGAAAGUUGUUUUGAUUGAGCUGCCCACCAUGACCUCGAGACAUUUUCUGAUUAGUCACUGUCAAUUCAGAUCCCAGCUAUUCUAAUUCAGCAGCUGUAGUCUUGAUCGACUACUAGUCAACCCUCCAUUUGAAUUUAUCAUAUGAACCUGAGGUGUGAGGCUUUCCUUGCCAUAACAGUCUGAUAGUUAUAUUUAGCCCUUCAUAAUAUAGCCUGCCUGAAGACCUUGGAAUCAAUGGGGAUUUUGUUUUUAUACAUCUGUAAUAAUAUGAAUGGUCAACAGCCUACUGAAGCAUAAACCUUACCAGAUAUCUAUACAAAAGCAUUUUUCUAAUAGCAUUUUAUGGGAAAACACAUUCCUGCCAUGACACAGGUAUAGUUUUAAUUGACACAUGCAACCACCUUAUAGAUGUACAGCAAGAUUUAUUCAGUUCCAAAACUCAAGCUUUAGGCAUGUUAAGAGUCAGGAAUUAUAAGCACUGCUUGAUAUGUUUUUGACAGUAUUGUUUCCUGCCCUUAAGCAUAUUCAUCUUGGACUGGUAGAGACACACCUCUGAAUCUUGUCUCUUCGUGUUACUCACAUGUAUUUCUGGGAAGCAUAGCCCCAGCAGAAACACCUCAGUUUAGUUUCCCGAAAGAAUACAGAUGGUUGAAUGUGGAAUAACGCUAACAAAUAACAUGGUUCGCAAUCUCUUUGUUCUAUACCUGGUCAGAGGCACUCUGGAGGAAAUAAUGGCUGCAGUUCAGAAUGCAAUGUAGCGAAACAGGGCCAUAUUAUAUAUAGCCCCAUCAGGUGUUUGUAACUUCUUUUCUGUUGUGUAGCAAGUUUCGAAAUUACCCCAUAGUUUAGUAAGCCUGAGGUUUGAGUUACAUGUGUUGAUGGCAAAAGACAUGCACACGAACUUGACAAUUCACAUUCUAGAUUAAAGGUGCAUCAUUGCUUGAAAAGCAGCUAAUAUGUAUGCAAGCAGGGUGUGGUUACUUGAAGGAAGGAUGCAUUAAAAGCUGAGCAUCCUGUGUGGCCUGUUCAAGCAUGUUAUGUCAAGUGGUCACACCAUGGACAUUUUUGUAGUCUACUUUUCCCACAGCGGCUUGGCUUUAGAAAUGCAUGCAUUCUACAUCUACGAAGCAAUGCCACCCUAUAAGGUCUGUUCUGGGUCCAAUGUUUCCCAAUAGUCCUUGAUUUGAUAGUUCAUUUCUCAAGAUACUUGCCUGCAGCUGCAAGAUGAAAAUGGUAAGUUUGCACAUUUUGCAACCCAAGACAAGUGACCAUUUUUUAACAUACCUGUUAUGGCUUAAAUAUACUGGUGUAGAAUAGUGAAACCCCAUUAAAACCCUAAUUAAACAUGAGUUCUCCAACUUGGACAAAACAGGAGAGCAGCCUCUGCUUCUGUUCUGCUGUUGCCUCCCCCGCCCCAUCUAACCUGCCUGCUUCAGGUGCAUCUUUGCCAUGCCCAGAAUUACUGACAGGUGAUCCUACCUAUUGAUGCAACUUAGAAUUCCAGGCACAGCAAUACAUCCAGGAGCAUUCUUGCAAGCCUGGUGAUGAGGGGAUCAUGAAAUGCAUCACUGAUGAUGUCUCAGUGUUUCCUCCUCUUGUCAUAGAGCCAUCAUGAGCUUUGGUUGGCUGGCCUUCAACUGUCUGCCAUUGUGACCAAAGAUCCUGGUGUGUUUUUGCACAUCAUGGUAAGCUAAACAAUGAAUUACCAUGAAUGAGCCAGUGUGCUGGUACCCAGGAAGAAGAUUACAUCCACUUCACUUCUUCCCUGGCACUGCUGCUUCAGUAGCUGGAGCUAAGCCAUGGUUUGGCUUGGCUACUAAGACUCAAGAUUUCUGGACUUGUACCUUUAUUAUCCAGUCCAUCAGCUUUGUGUAUGUUUUGCUUAGAAGCCCCCUCAUAAAAUAGCAAAGGAGAGAGAAGACUUGAUUAACUUUGUGUGACGGUCCUAGGAUUGUGAUGAGCAUCUAACUUACUCAUGACAUCUCAGGAACAAGCAGAGCUACUCGAAGUAGUUACAUUGUCAAUACCUUCCAAACAACAGUAUCAAAGGCUACAGAAAACUCUUCACAGAAGGAAUGAGGGUACAGUUGCACUUAGGAAGAAUUCAGUACAGUUAUACCUCGGGUUGAAGUAGCUUCGGGAUAAGUAUUUUCGGGUUGCGUGCUGUGGCAACCCGGAAGUAACGGAGCACGUUACUUCCAGGUUUCGCUGCUCGCACAUGCACAGCUGGUCAAAAUGAUGUAAUGCGCAGAAGCGGCGAAUCGCGACAUGCGCAGAUGCGUGGACGUGGGUUGUGUUCGCUUCUGGAUGUGAACGGGGCCCCGGAACAGAUCCCGUUCGCAUCCAGAGGUACCACUAUAAUCAAAACCACAGAUGAUGUAUGUGCUGAACUUGAGCUCAGAUUUGCAGUAGCUCAAGAACAUUAUCCAGGUGUGCUUACAGACACUUGCUGGCCACAGCCUUUAAUUAUUCUCCAACUGAGAAAGUUGAAGUCAGGGCAGUAGCUGGUUGAUAACUGGCAUACGGGUUAAAGCUGUUUUCUUCCUUAACAUGGGUUUUUGAGGCCAGAUGACACUGAGCCUUGCAUGAACUUAACAACCAUGGAUGUAGCGUUACUUGAUUUUUCUAGCAGCCAGGAUAAAUAUGGGCAACUUGCAGAUUGGGCUCAUGCUCAAGGACAGGUGGGACUGUUAGCAGUGGCAGUAGGUCAGUCAUGAGUGCCUGGGGUAGGAAUGAAGAACCUGUUGUCCUUCAGAAGUUCUUGGACUCCAACUCCCACCAGCCUUUUCCAAUGGCCAAUGGUCAGGGAUGGGAAUGGGAGUUUGAGUCUAGUAACAUCUGGAGCACCGCAGGCUCUCCAUCCCUGCUGUAAUGCUACAAAACUUUGGCUAGGUAUUAAAGCUGAAAGGACAAGAAUUGCAUUACCAAGAGAAACAGUACCAGUUACGAAGGACUAUCAUUUCUGUGUUUAAGCAUCCUACCUCCACUCCAGCUGCUACUGCAUGCACUUAAAACAUUGCCAAAGUUGCAUGUAUCAUCUGCAGCACUCUAUUCCUUGGUUUAUAGGUGGUAUAUAAGUUGUUGAAAUAAAACUAAAAACAUGUUUGUAAUACUAAUAAAAAAAUCACUCCAGUGCUAUUAUUGAGUGUACCAUAGCUCAAUCUCCAGGUGGCUAAACCUGAGCCUCCAGGCAUAGCACUGCACAAUAUAGCUCUUUUAGAUGCAUAUGAAACAUAACUGGUAAAUUCUCUUCACCACAAUUUAACUUUAGCCUAGCCAAAUAUUUGAGGCAACAACAUUGAUUAUAAAAACUUAUAAUUCAAAUUAUGUACCGUAAUUAAUAACCAUAAUUAGCCCUCCAUUAUGCAGCCUAUUAGGCUUAGAUUGAAAAUUCUCAGCUUAUGUUUCCUUGAAGGAUUUGACUUCAUGUAGCACUCCUAGGUCUGGGAAAUUCAUGAUGCCUAUGGCUGAUUACCAAAGUAUGAACCGCCUUCACUGAAGCUGAUGCAACUUGAAGUGUGAGAGAUUGUGUCUUAAUGCUCUUAGCUCAAUAGCAAAAUCACACAUUCAUAGAUGUCAGAUUUCUUAUCCAUUAGACCUUGCCUAAAUCUAACAUUUCUAUUCAUUGGUGGGAAGCUUCAGCUGGGACAUAGUAUCUCUUUAUAAUUUGAGCCUGAUUAGUCUUAAGGGUUGUUUGUUUCUCUUUUUCCUGAAAGGAAACUAGUUUAAUUCUAGAUUCUAGCAGCAGAAACAUAUUGCACAUUUUGCUUCAGAGGGAGGACAACCCUGUCUGGAUCAAGUAUACUUCUCAGUUCCCAGACCCAAAGCCAUUCUCCCAUGGAGCCCACUCACUUUACCAGGAUUCAGCAUCAGUUUGUUGGCCCUCAUCCAGUCCCUCACAGCAUCCAUACCAUGGUCCAUGGCUGCACCUGGUUUCAGAUUUUGUAGAGCUGGGUGUUAUCAGUGAAUUGAUGACCUAGUGCUCCAAAUUGCCUGGUGGCUCCUCUUGGUGGUUUCAGAUAGGUGUUGAAAAGCAUUGAGUACAAAAUAGUGUCAUGUGGCUCCCCACAGAAUGAUUGGCACUUGGCAGAGCAACAGCCACCCAAUGCUAUUCUCUGGAAUUUACCUCCCAGCUUGGUACAAAACCAUUGCAACCCUUUGCCUCCAACCCAUCCUCUCAGAAUAAAGACAGCCAUUAGGUCUGACUCGGUUCCAAAUCUGGGCCUGAACCCAGACUGGAAUGGGUCUAGACAGUCAACCUUUUGGGCACAUUUGCAAACCAGAGAACUUGAUAUGGGCAAGAGCUUCUAAAGCUUUAAAUACUCAAGUCACAGCUAUAGAUCUUUAGACUCUGAAAUACCUCCAGACUGCAUCAGUCUGCCUGCAUCCAGCUAAAUGGAAUAUUAUAUAUGCCUUUAUUAUACAUAAAGGCAAUUGCACUGUUCUCCCUUACUUAAGCAGGAAGUACCAUGCAUUCAAGAAAAUUAGUACAGCUCAGAGUUUGUCUUCCGUUAGCUAUUCUGGUGUGACUUACACAAUCUGAAUUGCUACACAGGUUUCUUAGUAAUCAUGCAGACUUAAGGGUUCCCCUUUUGCAGACAGAAUUAACCUGGUUUGCCACAAGGUGCAAAGAUUUCAAUUCAAAACAUUGCUAUGCAUUGAAACCCAGUGUUGCACAAGCAGACUUCAUUUCAGCCACUGGGACUUUGUAUUUCUUCUCCACCCCUGUGCAGGCCCCCAUGUGCCCCCAAAGUCUGUUGCUGGAGGCUGGGGGCCCUCAAACACAUUUUGAGGGGGUGUAUUGAGGGCUGCAGGAUGAGCUAUUGUCCAUUCCACUUGUGCAUGGACAGCACAGGAUACAACCCAAAAAUAUAUAAUUAAAACAAAACAAAUUGACUUCCUUCUAAUCCGUUCCUUGGUUCUAUUAUUUAUCAAGAUACUGCAUGUCCAUAAUUAAGUUUGUAUCAUAUUUAAAUCACCGAUUAUCCAUUCAUAAUAAAAUUACAAGUAAUCUUAAAACCCUGCUAAUGUAUUGCCUGUGUACAUUGCUUCUCUAUAUAUGCAAUACAGUUUUUCUAUUCUUCCUUAAAUUCGUUAUCGUCUCUUCCUCUUAAUUUCAUCAUCAUUUUUGCCAUUUCUGCAUAUUCCAUUAGUUUAACUUGCCAACAGCCCAAAUUGUUACAGUAAAGGUGGUGAAGAUAGAUUGUUCAGCUGGUAUACAGAGAACUCUAAGCAGUAUGGCUAGUAGCAGUACUAGUUUAAAAAUUGAAAUUUGGACCCGCUUAAUAGGCAAAGCAUUCCAGCUUCCACAGCCAGAACCUUAAGCGUACUCUGUGUAAGAUGUAAAUAUUUAAAACUUUGGCACCACACUGUGCAGAUUGUAACAGCAAUUAAACACUGAGUGAGGAUGAAUAGCUAAAGCUGCUAAAAAGAUGGAAUGUCAGCUAUUGCCCAACUGAGACUGUAGAGAACAGUGAUUUAUUACUGGACGAAGUUACUAAGCUCAUGCUAUGCUCAAGCAUAAGAAUUCAUCCUUUAAUAAGUAGGAAUACUGUUCUACAUAUUCCACCUUGCACGACUCUAGUGAUUAAUACGUGUUUUCUAAUUUGUGGUCAAAUGGUGUAAAUGAAAACAUCAGAUACAUUUAACAAAGGCUGGUAACAACUAGAACUCUGUAAGUUACAAGUCUGCAAACUGACCUGCUAGAAGUCUGUGGAGGAUCUAGUUAAUUUGUGCCUUCUUUGUUGCAAAAGAAUUCAAAUAAAGCACAUUAAAGGAAUAUUAUUGGCAAACUGGGGUUAACUUCCACUCACUGUAUAGGAUACGUCCCAUGAACUCCCAUAUCCUAAAUGUCCAAGCUGAACAUUAGUAUAUAAAUUAAUGGAAUGAAAGCAUCUUGCAUUAUGCAUGUGAAAUAAAGUUAACUUAAAAGCCUUGCUGGAGCAGGCAAGGGUCUGUCCCAUAUUCUGUUCCCACUUGGCCAGGCUGAUGCAGGAGGAUGAAGGCACCAGCCCUCCCUGUUGCCAUCCAAAAACCAUUAUUUGGAUACAUGCUGCUCCUGAGAUUUGGAGGUUUCAGUUAGUCUGAGAAUAAGAUCCUUUGUGCUGAACUCAAGAACAUAUGAAGAACCCUAACUCCUCCAGUACUUGCUACUAAUGUGACUUAAUGUGUCUUUUUUUCUCCUUAAGACCAGUCUUUUGUGACACUAGCCACAAACGAUUCAUAUGUGAAAGGAGCACUUGUACUGGGGUCCUCACUGCGAAACCACAGAACAACAAAGAAGUUGACGGUACUGAUCACUCCCCAUGUCUCGGAUCCCAUGAGGUAAGGUGCAUAACAUACGAUAUGCAAGCCACUAAAAUAAGAAGUUUGGGUUAGUCUCUGCCAAGUACAGUGGAACCUCUACUCACGACCACAAUCCGUUCCGGAGGCCCGUCCUUAUGGUGAAACGGGUUGCUGGUAGAAGUGCCAUUGUGCGCAGGUGCAUUCGGUGGUGGCCCACUUCUGUGCAUGUGCAGACGGCAGCAGCCACUUCUGUGCAUGUGCAGACAGCGGCCGUUUCUGUGUGUGCACAAAUCACGGCAAACCCAGUGUUUACUUCCAGGUUUGCCGCAGUCGCAACUUGGAACUGGCCUAAGUAGAGCAGAACAUAAGUAGAGGUUCUACUGUAGAGGGAAACUGAACUAGGUGAACUCUCUUUAGGAGCAUUUUUUGGGCUGAUUUUAUUUUAGCUAGACAAAUGGAAAUAUCUGUUAACACAGUAGUAUAUCCUUUACAAUUUUUUUACUGAAAGGAAACAAAACAGCUGUGACUUAUUUCUCCCUCCCCAAUAAAAUCCCUAUUAAUUCUAAUUGGAAGAGAAAUUCCCAUUCAAGCCAAAAAACUGAAGCUGUGCUGAGAUAGUUUACUCCCCCCUCCACCAGCAGUUAAACACUAAUGCCAGUCUUCACGGCUUGUUUCUCCUAGGCAUUUCCUUCCAAAGUUGUUGCCACCACCAAUAACAGUGCAUCCUGUUUCUUCAUUCUGGUAUAAGGCAGCCGCUGUAUAGUGGGAGAGGACUGCCUAGAAAUUGAUUCUAAUCGAGCAAAUUUGUAGCCUGGUGUUGGCACUAGUUUUCCCUCACAUCUGGAGGACCAGUGUGCUUCUGAUCAUAUAGUCCAAAAGAAAUAAUGCAUGUACAGGUGUCUGCUUCACAAGAUCUAGUCAGUCUGCCAAUGGAUGUUGGAAAUACUGUAAUACAAAGACCUAUGCAAUUAUUGGAUCUCCAGGUACAGGUUGGAACAGAAAGUAGAUAACUAAUAAAACACUAUUUGAUCUCUUGGUGGGGCGAUCAGGAUUGUAUAUGGAAAAUCUAGUUAAAAGGAAUGAUUUGAUUAAUUGAACUGCAUCCUCUUCCUGUGAAAACUAGUCCGACUUCUAAAUGGUAUGCCAAACAUGAAAGAAACUUGACAGCACAGCAAUUGUCACAACUGGAUUGCUUUAUCUACAUGUGAAUUAUUUCCACUAACUAUCUGUGGCCUGAACUGGUGCACCAAAAUUGCAUGUCAUAGGAGCUGUAGUUCCUUGGUUAAAAUGUGAUGUCAAGUGCAUGAAACAUCAUACAAGAGCAUUUCUUUUUCUAGAGUUUAAAAAUGGUUUAAACUCUAGAAAUUUGGUCUACCAUUCACUUGGGAAGGACUUAGUUACUGCUGCAGAAGCUGCAGAGGAAAAGAGUUGUGGAGACAGAAGUCUGAAAAGCUGCAAAAAGAUUGGAACAAUUGAAAGUUGUUGGACGCUGCAGCAAAGGGAACCAAAAGAGGCCCAUCACGGGAGUUAGCAGUUGACCUUAGGCAUGCAAUUUGAUAAGUAUUGUCUUGGUUAAGGAAAAGAUCUAGAAAAUCUAUUUUUAAUUCAGACUGUAAGAUUACUUUUUUUUCUAAAAUCAUUUCCUCAAACCAUUCAGACAUUUUGCUUUACAAAACUUUACAGCAUAUUUGGGCAAAAGAUCCCUGCAUUGCAGGAUCCUCACAGUCCUUUCCAACUCUAUAAUUCUAUGAUUCUGUUUUGUUGGGGGUGGGAAUUGAUCUGUGCAAUUGACGCACGCCUUAAGUGCCAUGUCGCUCUACCUGGUAUUGGGAGUUGGUUGGGCUGGUUAAAGGGCUGUUUAGUAGAGACAAAGAAAAAUAAUAUCCACUUGGUGGCAGUGAUGAAGUUAACAAGUGGGGGCUGGUUUAGCUGGCUGCCUGGCUUGUCUCCCUCCUCUCCCACAGUUACAACCUGUACACUAUCCAAGUGAUAACAUCCCACACUGCAGCUCCUCCACACACCAGUACCAUUCCUUCUAGAAGCUGGGGUAAUACUAGCGUGGGGAGGGAUUACUACAAUAAUCAUCUUCCCUGUGGUCUGAGGAUUCUGAAACUACUUUUGUAGUUACAGGUAGGUAGCCGUAAAAAAAAAUCCUUCCAGUAGCACUUUAGGGACCAACUAAGUUUGUUAUUGGUAUACCAUCUGAAGAAGUGUGCAUGCACACAAAAACUCAUACCAAUAACAAACUUAGUUGGUCCCUAAGGUGCUACUGGAAGGAAUUUUUUUACUUUUGUAGUGAGGAAUAGAGCAGCAGAAGGUAAUGUGAGAAACAUCCCCAAUAUGCUACUGCUUGCAGUAUUACGGUUUUUUAUAAGUUCUGAAUUUGAAGAAGCAACUUAAGCUUCUGACAUCAAAGAACUACAAAACCAGGCCUUGUCUUGAUUGGUCUUCAAUUACAGUUUUUGGCGAACAGGUCCCCUGUCCUACCCAAUAUUGACUCUGCACAGUAGAAAUACAAAUGUUCAGAUAUUGUCUCAAUACUCUUCAAAUGUAGAGUUGUAGAAUGCUUUCCUGUUUAUUAACGGCAUAGUUGCUUCUGCAUUUAACCCUUUUGUGCAUGUAGCAGUUGAUCACUCAAAUAUAUUUAUGUGUCAUGUUUUAGUAGCUGCUUUUUACAUGCAAUAUAAAUGGUGUGUUUACUAUGUAUACAUAAUAAAAAAGUGUUACAUAAGCAUUUCCAUAAAACCUAAUCUUUAAAAGUCCCUCUCUAAAAUGUCAUACAGAUUUAGAGGGAACUGAAGGAAUUACACAAAUUCUAAGUGCACUGCAACAAGGUCCAGUGUCCAAAUGAAACAGUCAUUGCUACAACAUAAUAGCACAGAAUCAAAAUAUCGUAGGAGCUUCAUUUUUAAAUUUUAUUGGUGUUCCAACAGUGCUGACGUAAAGUGUAUUCUGUAACCAAAUUGGAUAUUGUAUGAAUAUCUCAGCUGCUGCCCAGAAGUCUUUGCACAGUCUUUAAAAGCUCCUUCUUCAGCUCCUGCAGCUUAAAAUAGCCAGCUGUCUUAUCAAGUGUGUUCCUAGAUCUUUCAGACCCAUAUGUCUGUGUGGGUUUAUGCAGGUCCUAUAUAUGCUGACAGUCCUUCCAUGCUACUAAUUCACGGCCUUUCAAGAGCAUUACCUGAAGGUGUGCUCUUUAGAAAGUUGCCACAUGGCUAGGCAAAUUCCUAAAGAUGUGUUGAGUGGAAAUGGAAUGAAGCAAUCUCCUUUCUCAAAAGAUCUGUGGAGAGGUGGGAGUUAAUAUGGUUGAGAGCAAGCACUGAGCAUUGAUGUAAAUUAUGACCAUUCGUUUCAAUAGGAAAGUAUUGGAAAAAGUUUUUGAUGAAGUAAAGCCAGUGGAUGUCUUGGACAGCGGAGACUCAGCUCACCUUGCACUGUUGAAAAGGCCCGAGCUUGGUAUUACAUUGACAAAACUCCAUUGCUGGGAACUAAUACAGUACUCAAAAUGCGUUUUUAUGGAUGCAGACACGAUGGUAUGUACUACUUGUUUAAGAACACAUUUGUUUGUUGGAUCUCUUAAAAUUUUAGGUGGAUAUUUAUGCAGCAACUUGAGUCGUGUGCGUAUUAUUAAAACAAAUUGUUUUGCCAUGCUUGACUUGAGACCCAUGUGCUUGCCAGCACGCUGCAAGAGAAGCUAAACUUAACCCACAGCAUUGAAUGCACCCAGCUGUUUUGUGCCAGCAGCAUCUCCUUCCUCUGCCAGUAUAUGGGCAGUGAUGUCAUCCUAAGAACAGAAGCUAGGUUGCAUGAGAAGUUCCUAAUGUAAGCUGUGGGGCAACCUCACAGAAUCCCAGAAGUGUCUGCAUUGUCUAGAAAGCAGUUUCUUCUCACCACUGCAAAGCUUGGGCAAGUAAGGGCAACAUGGUUUUUCUGCAGUUGCAAGGAAGAAGUUCUUGGAGCUUGACUGCAUAGAGUGAAAUGUACUUUUCCCCAGGGAAAAACCAUGCCCAGGUAGCAAGUCUUAAACUGUGCAGUACUCUGAGAAAGGGGACUCGCCGUAUUUUUCAAUCUAUAGGACGCACCCGACCAUAAGACGCACCUAGUUUUAGAGGGUGAGAACAAGAAAAAAAAUUUCUCCCUCUCUGUGCAGUGCCCCCUUCAGCGAAGCAGCAGGAGAAGCGGAGCCCCUUCCAUUUCUCCUCCCGCUUCGCUGAAGGGGCGCUGCGCAGAGAGGGAAAGCUGCACAGCGCCUCUCCAGCGAAGCGAAGCCAGGAGAGCAAGAGGGAUCGGUUUCGCACCGAUCCCUCUUGCUCUCCUGGCUUCGCGUUGCUUUCGCUGAAGCCAUGGAGCCUGCAUUCGCUCCAUAAGACGCACACACAUUUCCCCUUAAUUUUUGGAGGGGAAAACGUGCGUCUUAUAGAGCAAAAAAUACGGUAUAUCAUUGCAUUCACGGCUGGAAUACUAAAUUUGUACCCCCAAACUUUCUUCCUGUCUACUAGGUUUUGUCAAAUAUUGAUGAACUUUUUGAAAGAGAAGAGCUUUCAGCAGCACCAGAUCCAGGCUGGCCAGACUGUUUCAAUUCAGGAGUUUUUGUCUAUCGGCCUUCCAUUGAAACAUUCAAUCAGCUGUUACAACUUGCAACAGAGAAAGGCAGCUUUGAUGGUAUGUGCCUAACUGGUUCUGAGCAGUUGUGGGAAGAGCUAUUUUUUUUUUAAUACUUUGUGAAUGUUGUACUGUGACUCAAAAAAAACCACUAUGUAGGAAAUAUUUAAUGCUUGAACGACUCUGUGCUUUUUGAAAGCUUUCUAUAGAUUGGGGUUUUAGUUCAAUGGAUAUAUGAAACAUUAAUAAGAUUUCCUUAAAUUGACUGAAGUGCAGUCAGAGGGAAGUAGGUAAUCUGUCGAUAAAUCGGCUGUCUGUAUUUGAUUGAAAUAACUACAAGGAGAGAGUCUUUCAAAGCUUCAGAUUUUUCCUUUAACUGCCAAGAGCUUUCAUAUAUCUGAUAGUGGUUCUUGUGGUUCUGUUCCAUGUAAAACCAACACUGCUUUAUUUCCUAGUUCUGCCAGCUUUCUUACCGGACACGGAACCCAAGUCAUGGCGUGAGCCAACAAGUAAAUAAUUAAAACAGGAAAAUUGAUAUUUUAAAGCAUGGCUACUUUUGGAUGGCUUUAACUUAUAAAAAGUCAGUUGCUCAAUAGUCAAAUAGGAAGUGUUGGAGAUGAUUUGGAGAACAGAAGUAGAAGGGAAAUCUCACUGGUUGCUCCUUUGCUGUGCAAGUGCCACUAUAUAUCUGCUGGGAGAAUGGUAUAAUCAAGGGAAUCCUCUUUUGACCAUCGCAGAACAGUGUGGAAAAACCAGUGCCAAAACUAGCAUGUAGAGAGUUGGGAGUGCCGUAGUGCCUUUUGCAUAAUGCACCCAUAGCAGGAAGUGGGGUACCACAUUUUCAAACCCUCUAUAGUCACCCAGAAUACAGUGAGGGGGGGGAAGUAUUUGAUCCCCUGCUAAAUUUGCCCGUUUGCCCUCUGAGGAAGAAAUGAUCAGUCUAUAAUAUUAAUGGUAGGUUUAUUGCAGCUGUGUGAGACAGAAUAACAACUGGAAAACCCCCAGAAACCCAGAAGACAGAGGUCAGAGAUUGAUGUGCAUUAUAAUAAGUGAAAUAAGUAUUUGAUCCCCUAUCAACCAGCCAGAUGUCAGGCUACUUGGUAUCUUCACUAUGUAACGAGCUGAGAUUAGAAGCACCUGCUGUAAGGGAGAGGUCUUACCUGUAAUCCCAGCUUGUUACAGUACCUGUACAAAAGACACCUGUCGACAGAAGCAAGCAAUCCAGCAGAUUCCAAAGUAGCCACCAUGACCAUAACCAAAGAGCUGUCCAAGGAUGUCAGGUACAAGAUUGUAGACCUGCACAAGCUGGACUGGGCUACAAGACUAUUGCCAAGCAGCUUGGUGAGAAGGUGACAAUAAUAAUAAUAAUAAUAAUAAUAAUUUAUUAUUUAUACCCCGCCCAUUUGGCUGGGUUUCCCCAGCCACUCUGGGCGGCUUCCAAAAGAAUAUUAAAAUACUGUGAUACAUCAAACAUUAAAAGCUUCCCUAAACAGGGCUGCCUUCAGAUGUCUUCUAAAAGUCUGGUAGUUGUUGUUCUCUUUGACAUCUGGUGGGACGGCGUUCCACAGGGAGGGCGCCACUACCGAGAAGGCCCUCUGCCUGGUUCCCUGUAACUUGGCUUCUCGCAGUGAGGGAACUGCCAGAAGGCCCUCGGUGCUGGACCUCAGUGUCCGGGUAGAACGAUGGGGGUGGAGAUGCUCCUUCAGGUAUACUGGACCGAGGCCGUUUAGGGCUUUAAAGGUCAGCACCAACAGUUUGAAUUGUGCUCGGAAACGUACUGGGAGCCAAUGUAGGUCUUUCAAGACCGGUGUUAUAUGGUCUCGGCGGCUGCUCCCAGUCACCAGUCUGGCUGCUGCGUUCUGGAUUAGUUGUAGUUUCCAGGUCACCUUCAAAGGUAGCCCCACGUAGAGCGCAUUGCAGUAGUCCAAGCGGGAGAUAACCAGAGCAUAUACCACUCUGGUGAGGCAGUCCGCAGGCAGAUAGGGUCUCAGCCUGCAUACCAGAUGGAGCUGGUACACAGCUGCCCUGGACAUGGAUUUAACCUGUGCCUCCAUGGACAGCUGUGAGUCCAAAAUGACUCCCAGGCUGCGCACCUGGUCCUUCAGGGGCACAGUUACCCCAUUCAGGAUCAGGGAAUCCUCCACACCUGCCCGCCUCCUGUCCCCCUAGAAACAGUACUUCUGUCUUGUCAGGAUUCAAUCUCAAUCUGUUAGCCGCCAUCCAUCCUCCAACCGCCUCCAGACACUCACACAGGACCGUCACCGCCUUCACUGGUUCUGAUUUGAAAGAGAGGUAGAGCUGGGUAUCAUCCGCAUACUGAUGAACACCCAGCCCAACCCCCUGAUGAUCUCUUCCAGCGGCUGCAUGUAGAUGUUGAAAAGCAUGGGGGAGAGGACAGAACCCUGAGGCACCCCACAAGUGAGAGCCCAGGGGUCUGAACACUCAUCCCCCACCACCACUUUCUGAACACGGCCCAGGAGGAAGGAGUGGAACCACUGUAUGACAGUGCUCCCAGCCCCUCAAGACGGUCCAGAAGGAUGUUAUGGUCGAUGGUAUCAAACGCCGCUGAGAGAUCCAGCAGAACUAGGAAACAACUUGUGCAAUAAUUCACAAAUGAAUAAUUGUGCAAUAAUUCACAAAUGGAAGAAACACAAAAUAACUGUCCACCUCUCUUGGUCUGGGGCUCCAUGCAAGAUUUCAUCUCAUGGAAUUGCAAUGAUCAGAAGAACAGUGAUGAAGCAGCCCAGAACUACACAGGGGGGGGAACUUGUCAAUGAUGUCAGGGCAGCUGGGACCAUAGUCACCAUGAAAGCAGUUGGUAACACACUACGCUGUGAAGGACUGAGAUCUUGCAAAGCCCGCAAGGUCCCCUUGCUCAAGACAGCACAUGUACAGGCCUGUCUGCAGUUUGCCAAUGCACAUCUGAAUGACCCAGAGGAGAACUGGGUGAAAGUGUUGUGGUCAGAUGAGACCAAAAUUGAGCUCUUUGGCAUCAGCUCAACUCGCCGUGUUUGGAGGAGGAGGAAUGCUGCCUACGACCCCAAGAACACCAUCUCCACUGUCAAACAUGGAGGGGGACAUAUUAUGCUUUGGGGGUGUUUUUCUGCUAAGGGGACAGGACACCUUCACCGCAUUGAAGGGACGAUGGACGGGACCAUGUAUCGUCAAAUCUUGGGUGAGCCACCUCCUUUCCUCAGCCAGGGCAUUGAAAAUGGGUCGAGGAUGGGUAUUCCAGCAUGACAAUGACCCAAAACACACGGCCAGGGCAAAAAAGGAGCGGCUCAGGAAGAAGCACAUUAAGGUCCUAGAGUGGCCCAGCCAGUCUCUAGACCUUCAUCCCAUCAAAAAUCUGUGGAGGGAGCUGAAGGUUUGAGUAGCUACACAUCAGCCUCAAAAUCUUACUGACUUGGAGAGGAUCUGUAAAGAGGAGUGGGACAAAACACCUCCUGAGAUGUGUGCAAACCUGGUGGCCACUUACAAGAAAUGUCUGACCUCUGUAAUUGCCAACAAGGGUUUUGCCACCAAGUACUAAGUCAUAUUUUGCAAAGGGGUCAAAUACUUAUUUCAGUCAUUAUAAUGCACGUCAAUCUCUGACUUUUGUCUUCUGGGUUUCUGAGGGUUUUCCUGUUAUUCUGUCUCUCACAGCUACAAUAAACCUACCAUUAAAAUUAUGGACUGGUCAUUUCUUUGUCAGAAGGCAAGCAGGCAAAUUUAGCAGGGGAUCAAAUACUUUUCCCCCCUCACUGUACCUGCUCAUGGAGUUCUUUGCAGUGAAUUGUCAGAUUAAGGCUGGAAGGCAUUUUUGCCAGGCUUCCUCAAACUCGGCCCUCCAAAUGUUUUUGGCCUACAACUCCCAUGAGCCCUAGCUAGCAGGACCAGUGGUCAGGGAUGAUGGGAAUUGUAGUCUUGAAACAUCUGGAGGGCCGAGGUUGAGGAAGCCUGAUUUACGCCUUCCUUAUCUCCAAAGAUGCAGAUAAGGAGAAAGAUGCAGCUGCCUUGUCAAUGGAAGUUGAGCACUGCCGUCUGCAGCUACAACUCAGAGGGGUAGAGCUAUGUUAUAUAUAGCUUCAGACAGCUUAUUUGAGCAGGGGGAGGUUGCGUUUCAAGUUCACGCCUGCCUUUUGAAUACUUGCCCCCUCGUCCCUGGCUAAUACAUCUAACAAAUCACCCGGGAUUGACUUGUUGAAUCCUGUUGCGGGAAUAAUAUUUCACCAUUAUAAAUACGUCAGCCAAGCUUUUAAACAAAAUGUUAAAAUAGUUUCUGUUAUGUGUUUAUAUCUCCCUUCUCAUCAUAUUGCAUAAUAUCCCAUUUUCCUCCAAGAAAUUCAAGGUAGCAAACAUUGUCCCCACUCCCUAUUUUUUUAUCUUUACAACAAACCUGUUAAGUAGAUUAGCCUGUGGGAAGGUGAUGGGCCCAAGGAAUCGCAACCAGCUUCCUGGGUGAGUGGAGAUAUGAACCAUUGUCCUACUAAAUCCCACUAACUCUCAGUGUACAUACUAAGAAGGUUAAAAUGGUAUUCCAGGUCUUCAAAAUGCUUCUAAAGGCUUCAGUCGUUUAUUUAUUUUGGAACCAAUUCAAUUUCAGGCAAAGAGUGGUAGAGAUGAAAAAUUUCCCAUUCAGACCACUCUAAAACAAAUAUCUUCAGCCGUGCUACUUAACACAAGGGUUCAAACAUCCAUUAUAGGAUUGGAUGGACCAAAAGGUAAUUACUGCUUCUAAGAGUGAACUUGGGUAGAGAAAAGACUGGAGAUAAUGGGAAACAAGAGGGAAAAGUUACUAUUUGUGUUGCCAAGUCAAACAUUUGCACACUCCAGCCUUUUCCAGGCAGGUUGUGUUCCAGCUUGAAGUUGCCUCGAGUGCCGUUAGGCAGCCUCUACUGUAAGAGCUGAUGGGGAAGGAAGCAUAGUAGUAGCUCAAGCAAAGAUGUUUGGAGCACCUUCAGGCAGCAGUGACCAAGCAAACUGAAAAGGCUGUCGGGGAAGAUCAGCUGCCAGUUUCCAGCCCCCAGGUGCCUUGGUUCUGCAACCUUCCUCCCAGCUUUGGACAUGGGGAGAUGACCAGGAUCACCAAGCAAUUGCUAGGACCAUCCUUGCUAACUUCCACAUCGUAAAGAUUGUGUGGGGAGAGGUUUGUUGUUCAUCAUGCUUGCCCGAUGGUGGCUUCACAAUUGCUGUAGUGAACAGAAUUAUUGUAGAAGGGCACCCCUGACAUUUGCAAAAGUUAAAAAGAAUGGGGGACCCCCCAACGAAAGUCCAGUGUGGACUGAGUAUGCUCAAAAAGUAUGGGAUAUUGAGUAUUUGUUGGAAAAAAGAGAACCUGAACUUGGGGAAGCAGAAUCACCUGGGGAAGGCUAGCUUAAUGUGAAGGUGCACUAGGCUUGCUUGAACCUUGAAGGGAAACCCUUUUGCUAGGAGAUAAGGAUGCAUUUUUUUAUAAGCCUUUCUUGCUUAGGCUGACCACUUGCAUGGGCACACCCAACAGGGCCACAAUGUAUUGCAAGCAAGAGAGUGCAGUAGGAAAGAGCCUCCAGGGCUCAAGAAGUCACACAAAUUAGACAUUCCACAUUGGGUGACACCCCUGAGCUUGCUUGCUUGUUUGUAUAGCAUCAUUUUCAUUGUUAACAAAGCUAAACUCUGCUGCUUGUGAUGGAAUGCUUUUGUUCUUUAACAAAAUUCUCUGUGUAGGUAAUGGUGAAGAUGAUGGUUGUUCUUUGCUAUUAUAUUGGAUGGUUCAAGUACAUGGGAACUCUGCCUAGGGAAAGGCUAUUUACACUACUUAGAGGCAAAAGCUUUGCUUCUGUUCAUAGCUGCACAGUUGAAUUGGCUUCAGUUUGCUAUAAAAUAUACAUGCAGACUAGAUACUGACACCACCAUGAAUGGAUUACCAUGGGAAUGCAAUCCUAGCUAGUCUGGAGCAGGGGGGAAAGCAUUCUAGGGCUGCAUUCUCAUAGAUUAAACUUGCUACUAAAGUUACUUUCUAACUUUCAGAAUUGCUUGCAUUGGUCAGUGGAAGCUAAGAGCAAGUCCUAAGAGGCAGUUCUUGUCCUGAUUUCAGUUGCUUUCCACCAGAUGCAUUUGUUCCAAUGAAUGAAAAAUAACAGGGAGUGCAAAAUAAAGUACCCAUGUCAAAUAGCAAGAGUUAUUUGGGACUAUACUUUUGAAUCACUUUACUGUCUGUGCUGUAACUUAAGCACUGGCACCAGUAGAGCUGGCAUGGAUACGAGAAGGCUUGUAAGAAGAAUAGUGAUUUCAUGGUGUUUUGUCUGGAACAAAACACAAGUAGAAGUGUUGUGUUCUUUCUAACUGUAUUUCACUCAUUUGGCUUUGGCAUAAUAAGAUAGUUUUGAAUUUAUCUGGGGGAGGGAGGGAGAGAGAGAAGCAAGUGUGUUGAAUUUCAUUCGAAGUGGAAACAUUAUAAUGGGUAAACUCUGAUGCUAACCAUGGCACAUUUGAAAGCAAACCUCAAGUGACAUUUCUGCUGUGGGAACUAGAAAUAGAAAUGAAGCUGUUAUUUCUUUAGAAAUGUGUGCAGUGUCUAGGGGCUUUUCUUCCCUAGCUUUGUGAAAUCAUUGCCAGCAAGUAGCCCUGAAUCUAGAUUACAAACUUGAUACAAGAAGGACUGAACCAGAACUUCAGUAAGAAUUUGAUAAUCUUGUAUAAGUAGUAAUCUUGAGUCUGUAGAAAGCAAUCCUAGUAUACUUCAAUCUGCCUCUUUAAAAAGAAGCAUAUGGAAAGAAUUCCGUUUCACGAAUCUUUCUGCUGCUAAUGAGAAAAAACAAUGCAAUGCACCUCUUUAGAGGAAUAGUUCAGCUACAUAAAAGGGCAUUGGGCUUAAAACUUCAAACACCAAACAGUUGGAUAUGCUUGCUACUACAGAGUUGAGAAAUGACAUUAUUUCCAGCAGGCAUACAGCUGACAAAGUCAGAAUUUAUGGGUUAAGUGUCCAGAACCAAUACAUCCAAUAACUUAUAGGUGGUGGUGGUUCUUCUUAUUAUUAAAAAUUAUAUUCUGUCCUUCACCCAAGGAUCACAAGGUGGUUUACAAUAUAAAACCACAAAAAUAGUAACAAACAAACAAAAAAUACCCCCACCACACACACAGAGUGUGUUUAAAACAGGAUUAGGCAACCUAAGGCCCAGGGGCCAGUUGCAGCCCAAUCGCCUUCUCAAUCCAGCCCAUGGAUGGUCUGGGAAUCAGCGUGUUUUUAGAUGAGUAGAAUGUGUGCUUUUAUUUAAAAUGCAUCUCUGGGUGUAGGAAUUUGUUCUCCCCCCCCAAAAAAAAAUAUAUCGUCCAGCCCACCACAUGGUCUGAGGGAUGGUGGACUGGCCCACAGCUGAAAAAGGUUGCUGACCCCUGGUUUAAAAGGUCAUAGAUUGUCUGAUUAGACAAAUGCCUGGAAGAAGAGGAAUGUUUUUGCCUGGUGCCUAAAGAUAUGUAGUGAAGGCGCCAGGCAAGCCUCCCUAUGGAGAACAUUCCACAAAUGGGGAGCCAUUGCAGAAAAGGCCCGUUCUUGUGUUGCCACCCUCCAGACCUCUCGUGAAGGAGGCACACGAAGAAGGGCCUCGGGUGAUGAUCGCAAGGUGCAGGUUGGUUCAUAUAGAGAGAGGCAGUCCUUGAAGUAUUGCAGUCCUGGGCUUCUAAGUAGUGUGGACAGUUUGUGUCUCCUUGUGUAAAUGAAAUGUUAAAAGUAUCUAGAAUUCCUGCUGCCUUAAACUGAAAUGGAUCUGAGCAGUUGUCAUUUGAUGUGGAGUGGGGAACCUGUGGCCCUCCAGAAGUCAUUAGAUUACAACGCUCAUCAUCCCUGACCAUUGACUAAUAAUAAUAAUAAUAGCUGCUGUCUGCCAGCAUUUUAUUGAUCCAAAUAGUAACAACUGUUGUAACGAUUAUGGAUGCCUGAAAAGCCAUGAACUUCAUUUUUCCCAGGCUACACCUAAAACCCAGACAUUUCUGUCCUAGCUCUGUCUCAGGCAUACAAAAUCUGCUUGGGUCUGCCAAGUUUUGCUGUGGCUUUGGCUCUAGUUCUGAACACAGUCAUUAAUUGGGUCACUGGAGCAACUGCAUAAAGUAUUUGGGACCUGUUUACCUGAGGGACUGCUUGGUCCCAUUUGUGCCUAUCUGACAGCUUUGAUCUGUGGAACAUGUGCUUUUUAGAAAUGUCAUAUAAUGCUCCUUCUACAUUUGCAAAGAGUUGAGCUUUCAGCAUGGUAACACCUAUGUUUUGGAACUCUCUGCUUAGUGACGUUAUGUAGACAUCUCCAGGUGUUUUUGAUGCCUGCUGGAAACUCUUUUCUUUCACCAGAACUCUGAUUUAGUUUUGUAUGUUUGUUUUUAAAAGUGUGUUUCUGACAUUUAUCUGCUUUAUUGAUUUUCUUACAUACACCUCUUAAGAUAGUGUUUCAAUUAAAAAUUUUUUAUAGAUUUUUCUAACUAAUUAAAAGUUGGUUCCAUAACACUUGCAAUAUGUCAUACAUGGGGCUGCCUCUGAAGAUGGUUCGGAAACUUGAGUUGGUGCAAAAUGCAAUGGCCAGAUUGCUCACCAGAAUAAGACGGUUUGAGCAUAUAGCACCAAUCCUGGCACAACUGCACUGGCUGCCAAUUAGUUUCUGGACUCAAUUCAAAGUGCCUAUAAAGCCUUACAGAGCUCAGGACCUCAAUAUCUAUCAAUCAAUCUUUAUUACGGUCCAGAGACCCAACAAAUCAUUACAAAUCAAUGCACAAUUCAUACAGCCUACCUCCAGGUACCUCCUCAAUAUCUUAAGGAUCACCUUGCCUUGUAUGAACCGACCCAGACCCUGCACUUGUCAUCUGAGGCCCAUCUCUAUGUCCCCCAUCCUAGAGAGGUUCAGAGGGUGGCAACAAAGGAACUGGCCUUUUCUGUGGUGGCUCCCAGAUUGUGGAAUGCUCUCCCCAGAGAGGCUCACCUGGUGCCAUUACAACAUGUCUUUAUGCACCAGGCAAAAACAUUCUCUUUACCCAGGCUAUUAAAUAAUCAAUGGGGGGGGCUGUUGUUAUGACUAUUUUAUUAUUAGACUGUCUGUCAGUAUGUUUUUUAUUACGUUUUUAUCAUUGAUGUUCUGUGAUGUGUUUAUCAGAAGAUCCCAGGGCGGUGUACAAUAUUAUAAAGGGUGGUAUAUAAAUUGACUGAAUGAAUACAUAAAUAAAACCCCUCACUUAAGGGCAAUACACCACUUUGACAAUACAGUGGUGCCUCGGGUUACAAACACUUUGGGUUAUAGACUCUGCUAACCCGGAAGUAGUACAUCGGACUUUGCCCCAGGAUGAGAACAGAAAUCGUGCACCGGUGGCAGCGGGAUACCCCAUUAGCUAAAGUGUUACCUCAGGUUAAGAACUGUUUUGGGUUAAGAAUGGACCUCCUGAACGAAUUAAGUUCAUAACCAGAGGUACCACCGUAUCAUAGUUGCUGCCUUGCUUCUCUCCAGAAUUGGCUAGGCUGAGUUGCACAACACACAAGGCCCUGUGACAUCUAUCUAUUGCUUUCCACACUGCAAAAUAAUCUGAAGGCGUACUGUAUGACACACACAACCCCUUCUCAGGUCACUGAAGCAAUUGCCUUGGGUAAAAUGCCAGCAGUUUGGAGGCAAGAAUACAAACUCAUGAGUCACUGGUGCUUGCACACAUCUUGAUUAGACAAGGGGACAACUAGCACUUAGAUUUGCUGUUAUUGGGUUGCCCAAUUAUGCAUUUUCAUGGCCCCUGUUAAACCCUUAUCAUAUCUCUCUUUCAGGUGGGGACCAGGGUUUAUUAAACACUUUCUUCAGCAGCUGGGCAACUACAGACAUCAGCAAGCACCUGCCAUUUAUUUAUAACUUAAGCAGUAUUUCGAUCUACUCCUAUCUCCCAGCAUUUAAAGCGUAAGUGGACAAAAUGUAUAAAAUCAACUUACAUAGGUGGUUUCUCCUGUUCAUGUUAUGUGAAGGCUGUUUCCAAAGUGGAGACCAGUCUGGUCUGUGCUUGUUCUUGCAAGGUGCCACCAAGCAAGAGCAAAUAUAGUCGAAUCGAGAACCUGUUGAUAUUAAAGUGUUCAUACCUCAUUUAGGACAGGAAGUUAUUUGUAAGUCUGACUUUGCUAGUAGACUUCAAUCUGUUCUAAAUUAAAUACCUAAGCUAUGUUGAUUACAGCUGGGGGUGGAUUGUGUGAGGUCUUUUCCACUCCUUUAUCUUGCAACAGCCAUCUGGGCCAACUGUGUUUACAACAAAUAUAAUGUCUUAACUUUAAAGGUAGGACUGGGGAACCAUUGGCCACAGCCAGCCUAGCCCAGUGGCCAGGAAGAACAGGAGUUGUAAGACGGCUUCACCUGCUUCCUGAUCUUUGUUCUGAGCACUUGUCCUGAUGUUCCUCCAUAGCAUGGAGGUCCUGUAGUGUGGCUACUUUACAUCCAUGACAUGGAAUGUUGAAACCCCUGGUCCAUGUGGGAGGUGCCCAUGACCCUGCUCCUUCCAAAGCUGCUAAUACCCAUCCUAAAACUGCAUCCCCUGUGACCCAGGGAUGGUCACCCCACCCUUAGUAUAGGAGCUCUCCUACCGUCACAGUACAGAAAGGACCGCUAAUGCAAGACAUAAGCCGCUUUUGAAUACUUCCCAAUUGUCUAAAACCUCCACAAAUGUAGUCCACAUUUGCUUGAGAAUGAGUGCCAACAUGACUGUUGGAGAGGCUUGCUUUCAACCCCCCACCCCACCCACUGCUGGGAGAGAAAUAGGCUAGAACAACAAAUGGCUCUGUUCAGUUGCCACCUCUGAUCGUGCGGGCAAGUGGGUAUUGCAGUGUCCCUACAGAAAUGCAAUAUGGGUACUCUGUAAAAUCCUUUGGAAAAGGAAUGAGAAUGCCUUCUUUAAAAGGUAAUAUUAAGAUAGUCUAGGACUUCAGGAAAUACAGUGGUACCUCUGGUUGCGGAUGGGAUCCAUUCCAGAGCUCCAGUUGGAUCCCAAGGUUUCCACAACCCGCGAAACCGUUUCUGCGCAUGCGCAUGUGGCAAAACCUGCAAAAAUACUUCUGGGUUUGCUGUGUUCACAUCCUGAAGGAUACGUAACCGGAGAUGUUCGUAUCCAGAGGUACCACUGUAUUGUGAGCUGUUGGACACUGAGGCACAGUGUGUGUGUGUGUGUGUGUGUGUGUGUGUGUGUGUGUUUCCUUUGAGUAGACACGAUGCACAAUAGUCGCAUCCUACAUUUAAAACUUACAGUGCCAACCUCUAUGGGUCUAUUCAGAAGUAAGCCCUGUUAGAUCAAUUGAUUUACUCUCAGGUAAAUGAGUAUAGGAUUGUAGCCUUAAGUCCCUUUGACGAGAGCCACAGACCAUACAGUCUUAGUCAAAAACAUAUACAGCAUAGUGUAUCUAUUUCCCAACCCUGAUGUAGCCUAAAAUAUUUCUUUAUGAUGCCAGGCGUCAAGAGUCCAGAUUUAAAUUCUCCCUGGAAAUUGUAAGGUUUAAGUAAAUAUCUUAACCCAUGCCACUCAUAUAUCCAGAAGUUAAUGAGCGAUUUGUAUGAGCAAGUCUCCAGGCAACAUCAAGUAACUAGAGUUCUGUGGAGCAGCUAACGUAAGCAGUGUGUUCGGUGGCUCAGGUUCAAAAUGUCUUGUGAUCGCAGCAUCAUAUGAAGCACUGUCAAGUUAAAAUUAGAAGACUUAUUCUUGGAAGUCCAUGCAAACUGGAAUGAAUACAUAGUACUGAGUGGUUGGUGGAGAGAAUAUCUGGCUCAGUGUAUGGUAUUGUGGUGUUGUGUCUUUAAGCUGUUGACUUACUUGAAUCAUGUGAUACCUGGUUCCUAUGAUUCACCUCCUUUCUGUUUUGAGGUCAGGUUUGUUGUCUCUGCUUUUGGUGGACCCAAGGCCGUUCCUCUGCCCAUUCAAGUGACAGCUUGAAAGCCUGAGUCUCUGGGAAACUUGUGGCUUUCAGGGAGAAUGAAUCUGAACACAAGAUGUCCCCACCCAGGGGAUUCAAGCUGUGCCAAGCAGUUACAGCUCACGGAAUGAAUGACAUUUUAAACCCUGUUAUGAUCACAUCUAAUCUGCUGGCUUUUUAGAAUGGAAAAGGGGAUUUAUCAAAAACAGGUGCAAACCUCAGCCUCUUAAAUAAAAUCCUUCAAGCAGUGAUGUCAGGGUUCCAAAUAGGUUCAGGUAGCUAACUUAGCAUUUUGCUCAGGCAAAAAGGCAGUUGGCAGUGGACAAAUGGGAUCAAAUUACUAUACGGCAGGCCUAGAAUGCAUGUUAACUUGGCAAAUGAGUUGCCCAUUGGAAGUCUACUAAGUUGACCUGAUGUAUACCUAACAGCUCAUUCAAUCCUCCCACAUAUCCCAAAUAGGCUGCCUUUCUAGUUCGGCCUCUGCCCCUCCAUUGCUCUGAGCUUGACUUUGGCUAGUCAGUGUACACACACACACACACACACAGAGAGAGAGACAGACAGACAGACAGAUUGAUUGUCCAAAUCAUUCUGUAACUCUGCUAGAAGUCAACAAGGGAGGGGAUAAUAAUUUCAUCCAGAAUCUACAACCAGCUGCAGGCCUAACUCCCUAUAGUAAAAUUAUUUAAGUAUCUCCUAGACUAGUGAACUGUAUAAAUAACCCUGAUGCAAACUGUCAUGUGAAACGACCAAAGCAACUUAGAGAUGAGAAGUCAGAAUUGAAAAGCCUUUUUAAAUAACAUUUCUUUUCUUCUUUUUCGGUACUUUAACCUGGAAAAGGUGCCCUAUAUAGUACUGCACGGGGUUUGCAGAGGACAUCUUUUCCCUUCCAUCUAGCCCUAAACCUUUCCUCAUUAUGCUUUAGAGCAAAAGCACUCAGGAACAAGCCUCUCAGCUUGUAUUGUUGCUACAUUGCUAGGGGAAAGAGUGUUAACCUUGGAAUAUGCAUUCUUCUUCCCAUGCUUGCCUCCCGUGAUACUAUAAGCAGUCAUGGGCUCAAGCAGGCAAAUUCCUUCCAUUCUGUCUCCUUUUUUUUUUUUUUACGUUUAACCGAAAGCUUCAAUAUUCAGUGGCUUAACUGCUCUUGACCCUAGACUUGACCUCCAGACUUGCUCUGCCUGACUUCAGGUCCAUUGAACAUCUUGUUUCCUUCCCAAAGGGCAGGCAUCGGGAUAGGUAUUUUUGUAUUUUUCUGCUGCUAACUGCCGUAAGAUCUUCAGACACAAAUUUAAAAGGAUAAAUAAAUACAUUUGCUCACAAAAAAAUAGUAUUUUUCUUACCUCCAUAUCCUCAAUAUUCUGUAGAUCUUGGAAACUCACCAAGCCCUAUAAAACCUGUAUUUUUUAACACCUAGGAAGUCAUCUGAUUUUAUGUAGAAAUCACCUCUUUUCUGAGUGGCCUUGUUUUGCUUCCAAGCAGGCAAUUUAUCCACCCAGCUUUGCUAGUAGAAAGGAAAAGUUGGGGACCUCCGUCAGAUCAUUGCAAUAAUAGCAGUGACCAUUUUGCAUUAUGCCCCUGUUCUCUGGUCCAAAAGGACCCAUGUGUUGAUGAUCACGUGUCAAUGAGACACACCUAAAAUUUCAGCCUGUAAUGGGUGUUGCCUCUUUGGCCUGCAAUAAAAUAACAAUAACAGCAUUUUGGAGGUCCCUGGUUGCAAGGUAGUUAUAUUGGUCUCAACUAGGGCCAGGGCCUUUUCAGUAUUGGCCCCAACUUGGUGGAACGCUCUGUCACAAGAGACUAGGGCCCUGCGGGACUUGACAUCUUUCCGCAGGGCCUGCAAGACGGAGCUGUUCCACCUGGCCUUUGCUUUGGACUCAGUCUGACCCUUAUGUUUCCCUCCCCUUAUGGUUUUGAUCUAUGGGCUACUUUUAAAAUGAGGCUGCAUUUUAAAUUGCAUUUUAACCUGUAUUUUAAAUUGGGUUUUUUUCCUAUUAUGUUUUUACUGUAAUUUUACUGGUGCUAGCCACCCUGAGCCCGGCUCUGGCCAGGGCGGGCGGGGUAUAAAUAAUAAUAAUAAUAAUAAUAAUAAUAAUAAUAAUAAUAAUUAACAAUAUUUAGAACUCAUAGUGGAUUGACAGGGAGAGACAAGACAGUUCCAUCCCCCCCCCCCCAAUCUUCUAUGAAGGCUUUGUCCUGUUGAGGACUUAGGUUUGGGACUUGCCGCCAGGAUUUUGUAUUACAGGCACGGGGGUUGUGUUCUGGGUCAUUGCGCACUGCGGUGGUCACACGUAAGCCUGUUUCACCCAACUUCUGGAGUCAAAAGUGGCACGCGCAUCUGCAGUCCCCCAGAAAAUAGUUGUUCCCUCUAUAUUGAAACCAGGAGGUUUUGAGAAAGAGGAAAAAUAUGGUCUUCCUUCCUUCCCUCUGAAACUUUCCCAUUUAGAUGGGAGGUUUCCUAGCUUGGUGGCACACAUUUGUCGCCCAGUGUCUCCCAAGAUACUUGCCGUAAAAUUGCUUGAGCUAGCCAGUUGUCCUUUCAGCUGACACCUUCAGCAGGGCAAAAUUCUAAAAUGCUUUAAACCUGCCAAUAAAUGCCAAUAACUAUCACGUACCCUCAUAUUGGAGGUUAGAGAUGUGACUAAACCUGGUUUGGAUUUUUGCCCCCAAAUCCACUUGUCAAGACUCUCUACCAGACCAAAUUCAGCACUUGGUUGCAUGCAUGAGCUUUGUGCUAUAUUGGCUAGCAUGCAGUAACUGCUGUGCUAAAAUGCUACAUUCCUCCAUUGUUUUUGAUGGGCAGCUCUCACUUCCAACUUAGGGGAGGGGAAAAAAUAAGUCUAUAGGGACCAGAUAUUUUCCACGUCCUUACAAUGGGGCAUACAGUGGUACCUCGGGUUACAUAUGCUUCAGGUUACACACUCCGCUAACCCAGAAAUAGUGCUUCAGGUUAAGAACUUUGCUUCAGGAUAAGAACAGAAAUCGGGCUCCAGCGGCACGGCGGCAGCAGGAGGCCCCAUUAGCUAAAGUGCUUCAAGUUAAGAACAGACCUCUGGAACGAAUUAAGUACUUAACCCGAGGUACCACUGUACUAGAAUUCUCUCUAGUCUAAACCAAAUGAAAAUUGUGUUAAGUUCUGGAAGCUCACAGAUAGAUCCUUGUUGGUCCCCUUACACUUUAGUGUCUUUGAACUACUUCUACCUAACUAGGGAGCCACAGACUUGCAAAAAAACAACCACCCAACCCAUGUUAUUUCAGGGUGUUUCAGUUUUGCUUAUGAAUAGAUAAACUGUUAAUCACUCAUAUAUUUGUAUAUAUGGUAAAGAUGGAGUUCUAUUGUGUAAUGCUGUGGAAGCACAGGAACUGUGCAAAAUUUGGCAUAAAAUCCAGCAUUUUAGGGAUUUAAUGCUCUGGUUAUUUAAAAAAUGUUCUAGUCCUAAGGCUGCAAAUCAGUAUUGCCAUGCUAUACGGUGUGAACACUAGCAAAAUGUUUAGAUGCUAGAAUGGGGCCAAUUGAAGGCUUGGUUGUCAGAAGGAGCCCUAAUGACUUGCAUACCUCUUUGCUAUUCACAUGACAAAUUGAAGCAGAAUGAAUUAUGCAGACUAGGUGCUACUUUAUACAGGGCAUAGAACAGUGUUUCUAUUGGCACUGAAUUGUUGCCUCGGUGCAAAAUUUCACGUUUCAAAUGGUGAUAUGCAGCCUCUUACUUCAUAUGGGGUUUCCUGCUGAGCAUUUGCCCUAAUACUUGUAUGAAAUCCCUGUAGUGGUGGCUUUCUGGUGUUCUUACAACAACUACUAUUGUUUGUUGUAUUUAAUGCAUACAAAAUGAAGUUCUAGUCUUGGUAUACUUUUUUAAAAAAAAUCAAAUCAGUUUAAAGCAGCUUACAAAGGUUAGUUGCUUUUUUGUGGAAUGGAUUAGGUAUGCUUACUCCUGUGUGGAGGAGCCAUGACAAAGUGCUCCCUUCUGCAGCCCACCCAUCAAGCAGAGCUUCUCCUGACAGGUGCCUUCCAACUCUUAAAAUACUAUGAUUUUGUAGGUUUGGGACAAAUGCUAAAGUGGUUCACUUCCUGGGAAGACUGAAACCGUGGAACUACGCGUAUGACUCCAAAGCAAAAAGUGUCAAAGAAGAUGCUCAAGAUCCCACAGCGAUUCAUCCAGAGUUUCUCAAUAUGUGGUGGGACAUCUUCGUCACAAACAUAUUGCCAUUGCUACAUCAACAUGGUGUCGUUAAAGAUACAGCUACUGGUGUAAAGGCGGUAGGUCUCCUUAAUGUAUUUAACCUGCCUUAACUGGAGAAUUGUGUUGUGGGGGGUAGGAGGAUCACGUUCUUUGCGCUUGUGAGGAAGCCAUUACUUGGCCUGAAACUAGCAUGGUUGCUACAAAAACAGCUUGCAGUCCUGCAAUCACAAGGCUACUUAGGGAUAAUGACCUCAGCCAAAAUGGGUUAGCUUUUUCCUUAAUUAAUGCAGCACACUGGCUUGGAGCUGCAACUGUUAACUAGUGGUUGGAUACCAGAAUAAGUUUAACACUUCUGGACUGUGCUAAUGGUCAAACUAAACAGUAACUGGGCCAGGCCUACCUAUAUUAAGAGAUCAGUAAGCAGAUUCUUUAAACGUUUCUCCCACACAUCCCUAAAAUGUAUUACUAGAUAUUACAGUUUAAUACUAGUUUUUGCUAACACGGUUGUUAAAGAAAAGGGGGUCAGGAAGCAUGCACAUAAAGUAGGAUUGAAUGUUAAUAUAGUAAACCUUGAAUCUUCAAGAUUCAGCUGUAUUAUUUUUGGACUGUGUAGACAAAUUGGUGUAGAUCGGAUGGCUGCAACCGCUGUCUUCACACUGCAUUAUUGCAAUUUGGAGAGGUCUUAUAUGGGGACUGGCCUGAACCAUAUGAAACCCACUAGACUGAAUUGUUUGGCAUGGAUCAUUACAAAAUGCUUACUGAAAACUCUGUUAAUCACACGUGCACAGUGCUUGGUGGUAAUACUUUCUAACUGCUACUUAACAUUCUGUAAGCAAGUGGUCCAGAGCACUAUGGGUUGUAUCUAAUUAGGUUGUACUCAAUGGUAGACCCUUUGAAACAAAUGGACCCAAGUUAAGUCAUGGCCAUUAAUUUCAAUAGGCAUACCUGGAAUGUGAAGAAUGGUGGAUACAGCCCUGCAUCUCCAGUAGUCAUCAUUUGAUUCUGUAUACCAAUGGAUUUUUCUCUUUAACUUCAGAUCUAGCAGGUUUUCUGCCUCUUAACACUCAUUUUUGUGUACUUUGGAAGUGAAAUUUGUAGGCAUCCAAAUUGCCCUUUAAACAUCCAGAUUCGGCAAGAUUCAAACUUAGACGGCUUAGGACUCGUGUGUGAAACCUCCAGACACUUCAAGUUGUGGUGCUUGGCAGCACCACAUAUGCAAACUUGUCAAAAAGUGAUUUUCAUGCGGAUGUGCUUGCAAUUUUUUAUCAGCUCCCUUAUGCGAACAGAAGUGGCAGUUGAUCUGCUUAUCUCUAAUGGUGGGGUUGUACCUGCCAUAUUGGAUUUUUGUAUUGUAAUAAAACUAGAAAGGUGUACCUGCAGAUUCUCAAUGAUGAUAAGCGAGAACUGUCAUGACUCUAGUCUUACCCUGUCUUAGCUAGCCAAAACUACUUGGCUUUAGCUUCUCAUGCAUGCAGUGCAGCUUUGAACACUUAAGCUUGGUAUACAGAAAACAGUAGUUAAGUGCAGUACCUUUGGGUUGCAGAAAGAUCUGUUCUUUAGCUAUGCUUUCUGUUUCCCCUAUUUCACCUUUCUAAUGAACUGUUGCAGCUAUCGGGCUUGGUCUAUACACUGGCUUUCUCUUGUGGCUUCUGCAGAGAGGUAUGAAGAACUUACACCUGUUGCUAAACUACCCAUCUGCUGUCUCGUUGACUUGGAUAUGCCCUUCAUUAUUUUACAGCUCCUUCAUUGUGUAAAUGGUGCUUGCUGCUUUGCAUGGGAAUCUCUCGUUGGUUUUCCUACCCGCUGCUCUGUCGCUUUACGCCUUACCCCUUCUUACAACAAUGCAGUGGUACCUCUCCCACUCAUUCUUCUCUCUUUUCAGGAAGAGGUAGCGGAGGCCGUGUCCCACUUGUCACUUUCAUCUGCAGCCGUGCCAAACUCGCCGCCAUCACCGCCAGCUAUAUCCUCAGAAGAGCGCAAAGAGAGAUGGGAGCAGGGCCAGGCUGACUACAUGGGAGCAGACAGCUUUGACAACAUCAAGAAAAAACUUGACACCUACCUCCAGUAGAGACGCACUUGUAUCUGCUCUACAGACAACAGCAAUACAAGGACGUGUUUCACAGCUAUAGCAACUAGGAAAGUCAGAUAGGGUCAAAUUAAACUUGCUAGCAGCUUUGCCCACUGCUCAGCUGAAGGCUGUUGGCAGUACCGCAGGUAAGAACUGAGCAAAAGCUGUUGUUCUAAGUUCUCCUCUUGCACAAAACCUGUAAAAGAACUUGUUGGGAACAGGACACUGGACUGGCGUGAUACUCCAGGCUUACACCUAUAGGACUGUUGUGCUUUACCUCUUCCUUUCACCCCCCCCCCAAAAAAACCCCAACCACCGUGUUUUGCUUGCUAUGUAAAAAUAAAGACUAGAGGUUAAGGCAGCUACAGUGAAGGGGCCUUACAGUAAGGACAUCAGAAAAACAUGCAGCAGCAAUCUGUGUAAAAAAACAUUGCUUUUCUGUCGAUUCCAGCCUUAUGGAAGACUUCUGACCAGACUUCUAUGCACAGUACCUAUAGCAUGGCAGAUACUUUUGUUCAGUUCUGUGUACUUCUGGGACUAGCAAACCAUUGAACUGUUAACCUGUAAAAUGGCACUGAACAUGCACAAUAAAAGAAAUCAUGGUAAAACCUAUAGCACUACUCAACUUUUGUCAAGUGGCAGUAAAAACUGCCCCAUCAAGCCUACUGCUCAACAUCAGCAUAAGCUUUCAGAGCAGAGCUUGUGAAAGAUUUCCUCACAUAUUACUGAAAAGCAUCUGCUAUAGGGGCUGUUCCGGCAUUACAUUUUUGCUGGGCUAAAACUGGUUCUGUGUUCCUCUUUAGUAUGCUAAAUAGUAAUGGUAAGAUCAUAGGUGUGGCACAUGGUACGAAGGAGAAUGGGAAAUGUGUGUUUCUUUGGGGGCUUCUCUUCUGUAGUUCAUCUAAAACUGAACUAAAUGGCUGCCAUAAAGGUGUGGUCAAAGUGCUUACAUAAAUGCUGUCGGACACCUAGCCAACGAAGGGCCUGUCUAACAGCCAUCUUUUCAUGACAGUGAAUAUAUUUCUGUCAAUAUAUUCCUCGUCCAUGUCAACAGAGUAGUGGUGCAAACAAGGCUUUAUGAAGCGUGUAUAUAUACAUGAACCAGAUUUGUUUCUAUUCUGUGGGCUGUUAGCCUGGGUUAAUUUUAGUGCACCAUUAAAAUGCCUUAUAUAAUUAAAAAUAAGUGUUUAACACAGCACAACUAUAUGAAUGGCUCAGAAGGGUGAUCAUAUGUAAAGCUGACUUUAGAACUCAUAUCUAUUAAAUAAAAAUCAGCCCUAGCCCGCUGCAGCACUCUGAACUACAUUCAUCCAGCUAUAACAUGUCCCUGUACAUUAUUGCAAAGUGCAUAGUGUUUCCAGAAAGCCACUCUAAUAUACAGUGGUACCUCGGGUUACAUACGCUUCAGGUUACAGACGCUUCAGGUUACAGACUCCGCUAACCCAGAAAUAGUACCUCGGGUUAAGAACUUUGCUUCAGGAUGAGAACAGAAAUCGUGCUCCGGUGGUGCGGCGGCAGCGGGAGACCCCAUUAGCUAAAGUGGUGGUUCAGGUUAAGAACAGUUUCAGGUUAAGAACGGACCUCCGGAACGAAUUAAGUACUUGACCCGAGGUACCACUGUAGAUGAGUUGCCAAAUACAGAAAAGUGCAAGUUAUUAUAUAGUACUUCCCACUAGCAGGCUGUUUGCUCAUUCUGAAAGUGUUCAGGUUCAGAAAUACCAUACAUUCCUGAGGUAGGAAGAAGCUCUAGCUCGAUAGUGAGAUACCAUCAAGCACCAUAUUAAGGACUCCAGUUCUAAUUUUGCUUUCUCUCCUAGUAGCAUGAUUCAAGAGGCAUGUUGUUUUAAGGCAGGGAAGGAAUCUGUUGAAUUCCAGGACUAAACUAUAACUACUAUAAAUACAUGCUCAGGCAUUUAAAUGAAACAGGAACAGUACUCCCCUGUAACUGCCUUACCAGUUCAAAUGUAUUAAGUUUAGAAAUACUUUUUGUUGGGGAAAAAUGUCCUUGCCUGGGGUGGUAUGAGUGACUCCUCAACAAAAACAAACUUGGAACUGGUUUCCCCUGCAUUAUUGUCCAUGUGCAUUUAGCAAUUUCCUCAUAGCUGUAGCGUGGUAAAGGGACCUCUGACCAUUAGGUCCAGUCGUGGCAGACUCUGGGGUUGCGGCGCUCAUCUCGCUUUAUUGGCCGAGGGAGCCGGCGUACAGCUUCCAGGUCAUGUGGCCAGCAUGACUAAGCCGCUUCUGGCAAACCAGAGCAGCGCACAGAAACGCCGUUUACCUUCCCGCAGGAGCAGUAUCUAUUUAUGUACUUGCACUUUGACGUGCUUUCGAACUGCUAGGUAGUGUGGUAGGGCUAUUCUAAUGAUGCCCGCAGCUGAAAGAGCAGAGAUUGUUGUAGGUGGCUGCAGAAAAGGCAGUGUGUGUGUAGUGUUUAAGCAAGCAGACUGCAGGGUAACUCUGCCAAGCAGAGGGAUGCAAACACCUUUGGUAAAAGAAGCAAUGAUUCAGUAAAUGGGAGCUAAAAAUAGCCUUUGAAGCUACCUUCUGUAUUUAAGUAGUUUGAGAGUGAUGUAUGUUCAAACACGGCAAGCAAAACUUGUCACAAAACUGUAAACAACCGCUGCUAUCCUUUAUAGAUUAAGAAGGCGGGAAGGUGGCUAAUUCAAUUUUUUAAACACAAAUAGCAAAAUCACAAUGGAUGGUGGUAGUUUUAAACUAGAAAGCACUUCCGAGCUCCUACUUCUACAUUAAAUCCUUUCAGAAGCGGCCUAUUUCUGCCACACCUGCAAUCACUGAUGGUAAAAAUAAAGCAGGAGAACUAUGGCAUUAGUAAAUCAUGCAGCUAAACAAGUUAGAAAUCAUGCAGCUAAACAACUGUUUGUGCCUGUUGCUUAAAUGGGCUAUCAAGUGCAGAUUUACCGCUCCUCGUCACCUUUAUAUUGGAUACUUGUUUCUGCCAGACCGCUGUUGUAUAUCUAUACUAAGCUCUAUUGACAGGCCAUGUUUCUUCUCUCAAGCGUCUAUUUUCUGCUCUACAUUCAUUAAAGUAUUAUUUAUCUUAGGCC